CGGUCUCUUCUUUAGGCAGGCCUUUGGCGAUCUGUCUAUUAAUCUGUGACAAACAUACAUGUGGCACGUGGUUGAAAUUUAACUUGAUACUUGCAUAUUUGUGUUUUUGGAAAACAUGCCUAGAAAUUUGCCUAACAUUUUAGUAACAGGCACACCUGGUGUUGGCAAGAGUGAAAUGGCACAUAUGUUAUCGGAGAAAACUGGACUAACAUGGCUCGAUGUUAGUCAACUAGCUAUAGAGAAUAAAUGUGUAGAUGAAUAUGAUGAAGUAUAUCAAUGCAGGACGUUAGAUGAAGAUAAGUUACUGGAUGGAAUGGAAAGUGCUAUGAAUGGAGGAGGAAUAAUUGUAGAUUAUCACAGUGCUGAACUUUUUCCUGAGAGAUGGUUUGACAUUGUAUUUGUACUCAGAACAGACAAUACUAUCUUGUACGAUCGUCUCGAGAAAAGGGGAUACUCUGGAAAAAAAUUGCAGGAUAACAUAGAAUGCGAAAUUUUUCAAACUAUUCUUGAAGAAGCAAGGUCAGCCUACAGCAAAGAAAUAGUACAUGAACUGUUUAAUGAUACUUUUGAGCAGAUGACAAAUAAUGUAGAUAGAAUAUGUCAAUUGCUGGAGCAAUGGAAAAUAAACAAUCAGCAAACUUGAAAAUAUGUA